GUUUUUGUUUUCAACAGUUUGGCGAGCUCACGCUAUUGACGUAGAAAGACAGAUGAGACCACCUAGGAACGAUUAUCAACGAGCGAAUGAUAGUAGAUGAAUGUAAGUUUCGAUUUCAUAUCUGCUCGUGUUUUUCAGGCGACACCGACAUCGACACAAGUUGAGCUUCAUAGAUAUUCAAAAUGGUGCGCCACAAGAAGGGAGAGAAAAGCCUGGGCAAGCAAGCGAGAGCCCUGAAGCGCAUGCUGCAGGCUGCGCGGAAGACGGACGAAGAAGCGGAGCAGAGCAAGCCGGUGUCUAUCGAUAGAAAAAAAAGUGAAAGUCGUUCAGAAAGCGUCAGAAGCAGAGGCCAACUCAGCAGUGCGGCUUCGAAGAAGCCCGCGCAGCAGAGCAGCUCACCUUCACAAGAAGACGAGGAGGAGGAGGAGCCUGGUUCUGAAGAUGUGGCACCUCCCGCUGCUACGGGAAAGGAGACGCCCUCCGUUCCAAUUGCUGCUGCUUCGGCAGAAGAUAAACAACCGGGAUCGUCUUUAUCUUCCGAGGAAGAAGAGAUAGAUUCCGAAUCUGAAGUGAAGAACAACAUUGAAAAUGCAAGCAGAAAUAAAUCAGCACUAUUUGCAGGAGGAGCCUCCUCCCUUUCCAAAGAAGACAUCGACACCGAGGCUUCGGAGGAAGAAGAAGUUGUCCUCUACGAUGUGCCCGAGCAGUCGAAGAAAGACAUGGACGCGCUGAGUGCUGGUGGCUCCCCAGCUGCAGAAGAGAUCGUGGCGGACAAGAGUGGAGGUGCGGCCACCCUUGGUGAUCCGAGUUUCUCCUCGGAGGAAGAGGAGGACAGACUAUCAAUUUCGGAGGAGGAGGAGGAAAUGUCCUUGUCCCUGGACGAAGACCCGAAACGAACCGCGGUCGAAAGCAUUCCUCUAGUAGUUGGCAAAAAUGGUCGUGGUAAUAGAAAAGACCUGAGCGGUAAUUCGAGUAAACAUGUAUCCUUUGCGCUGGAUGAGGGGACAAGUAGGGAGCAUACCCUGAAGAAGGAUGCCGACCCUACAACUAGCAGCGCUCUCUUAGCGGGCCAAGUGCCUGCUGAAACCAAAAGACACGCUGACGCACAGGAUAAGCACAAUCCCGAGGUAGAGAUAUCAUCAAGCGACGAAGAAGAGGAAGAAGAUUCGGAUCCAGAGGACCUUGAUCUGGAAGAAAUCGACGACAAGCUCUUCAACAGCAGCUCAAGAAAAGCUCUACAAAAUUCUGCGGACGAAGCGUCUUCCGAUGAGGAAAAAGAAAGCGUUGACAUGCGAUACUGGAAAGAGUGCUUCAAUUACGGGGCGGGCGGUAAUUUCCGCUGCUCUCGCAUGGGCUCCGGCGCGCAGAUCCAUUCCGACAAUCGCGUCGGCGAUUUUUUCCUGGUCUCCGGGCGAAAGUUCCAGGUGAAAGGAAGCCUAUCUGCUAGCAGUAAUAAGAGUGAUAUCGCAGCUAUUCCCACCUCACUCGUCUUUGAGUGUCUCGGUGCUGUGUGCAAAGCGGACGUCUGGUACGAGUUUUCGUGUCCGAAAGAGUUCCCGCGCUUGGAGAUCCGGAUGCUGGCCGGCGGGGAUUUGGAGUUCCAGGGCGAGGAUGAUUUGAUCGUCGAUAAAUUCACGAUGGAAAAAGCAAACAAUGACUCCAGCGACAAUCGCGAUACGAACUUUCUGAAAGCGAUGACCGUGCCCGAGUAUGGAAAAGAGCCCUUCGACAUUCAAGACCGACGGCACAAGGCGCAAAACCUGGCGACGUUCAAAAACAUGCAACAGGAGCAGAAGCAGAUCGAAGUCGACGGCAAUUUUUACGACAGCGACGGGGACGAGGAAGCCACCUUCACGGGCGACGACAUACACGCGACGUUGCCCUCGCCGUUGUGCGUGCCCGCGAAGUGGCAGGAGUUGAUCCCGGUAGCAAUGGAGAAGCGUUCGAUCGCGGUGCUGGGGGCUAAAGGCCAGGGAAAAUCGGCGCUACUUCGGUUCUUGCAGAACAAACUGCUGACGGCUGGUGCGAGGCAUUUGUACUACCUCGACUGCGACCUUGGGCAACCGGAGCUGACGCCGCCUGGCUUCGUCAGUCUGACGCAGAUCGAGAAACCCCUACUCUAUUCCGACGCGGCAGUGUCGCAACUGACGACCUGCGGGGACGAAGAUACGAACAAUAAGAACAUCAAGUUUCUGCACCGGAAGUUCCUCGGGCAAGUGACGGCGGAGUCUAUGACCUGCUUAAACGUUACAAUCCCAAAUGUUACAAUAGAAUCUGGGAUUUGUGUCGCGUGAUGAGCAUGACAGACUCCCAGAGCGUUCCACUUUCUGCAAUACAAAUUUCGCCAGAUUCUAGUGCGGUUCGGAGCUCCGAAGCCUGUCAUGCGCAAUCCUAUGAGAGUUGGCUAGGUAAUGCACUUCUUGCAACACAAAUUCCACAUUCUAUUGUAACGUUUGAGAUUGUAACACCUGAGCAGGUUAUAGAGUCCGACCCGGAGUUCUACCUGGAGUCCGUGGCGGCCUGCUUCGAAACGCUGGUGGCGCGGCUGCGGUCGCUGGGCGCGGAGGACAUUGUGGAGGCGAAGAAGAUCGUGCUGGUGGUCAAUUUACCCGGCUGGAUCACCGGGCUGGGCUACCAUUUAGCGCAGACGAUCGUCAACAUUUGCCAAAUAGACAUGCUCGUGCGGCUGAACGUCGAAACGGAGAAACUGGAACUGCUCGCGCAGGAAAACUCGCCGUUUGAAUCGUCUUUACUCUUACAAGCGGGCAGAAGUUGCCUCCACCGACCGCUGCUGCAGAAACCGACGGAGUUCUCUGGGGAGGUUGCGAAGAACAAGCACGAUUCGUUCAGGCAGGGGCAGGACUGGCCAAGGUCGAGGACCUACGAAACGUUCGAUAUGGACGGUUUCAGGAAUUUGAAGGAGGAAGAAUUAAGAAGUGCCGGGUUUGGAGGAGAUGAAAACCAAAAUCGGGGUACUUUCGAAAAGCUCCGAGCAACCGUUCCACCUCCAUCUCGUUUACCGAAAGAGUUGCGUUGGCUGCGGUUUUCUCUCGCGUUCCACCCGGAUUUCACCGUGUCCAAAAACCUACUCCUCUUUCCACCGCAGACACAGCUGGCGCAGCGCGACCUCUUUGGCAAGCCACCGCUUCGCCUCCCAACGGAUAUCCUGCAGUUCGACGGCGCGGUUCAAUUUGGAGCUGGAAACGCAAAUGCAAAACGUCCAAGAGCAGAGUUUCGGCUCCCGCAGUUCCUGCUCGGCGCGCUGGUCGGUAUGAAGUUCGGAAUCAAGGACGAUGAAAGCGAAAGCAGCAAAACGAAAAACAAGCGCCGGGAGACCAGUUCCGUCGCUUCGCAACUCCAGUUUGCCAGUACGUUCGAGAAAGCAGAGGUGGACUACUUGGGUUUCAUCCACAGUCACGAUGUGGAGCAAAAGGAGUUGAUCGUUUUCGUCGAGGACCGGGUGCACACGCAGUACUUCAAAAACAUGGAGCGACCGCGGUUACAGCCCCCGGAUUACGUGAACGAUGCCUGUUUGAGCAUCGAGGACGCAACGCUGGUGCAAAUUGUGGUGCCGAAGUGUUUGGGCAGUUACAGCUGGAACAACGUCGGGAACCGUGACGAAGCGUUCCUGCUGUCGCACGUGCUGGAGGGCGUGGAGACCGGGACGAAGGUGCGGUCCAGCAGGAAUGACUUGAAACGAGCGAGGUUGGAAUAAGGAAGGGUGUCGGACUGACAUUCAAAGUUUGAGAAAAAUGAAGAACGGAGCACGGACGAAGUCGAUGUCUAAACGUAUUUCUGCUACUCUCAUCUAACGACGUAAAAGCGCCCCGACCUCUGCAGUACAUUGCAAUGUUCAAGGUAUUGGUCUCGUGAAAG